AUGGAGUCGAUAAAAAAAUUCUUCGUCAAAGUGCGGAGCACGAUCUCGUUGCGACGGAAUGCAUCCUCAUCGAAACGAAACAAGCUCACCACGGUGAAACCUCACUGCCGACGACGAGCAGCGUUGGCGAUCAAGCGUCAGACGGUCACAGCUCUUGUAGUACCGAGCAUCGUGAUCAUCACAGUUGGUGGCUUUUUGAUCCCUCUUCAUUUUCUCGUGGGUCUUGCCGUUUUUUGCUUCGGGCUCAUUCUCCUGUUGCCAUUGCCGUUAGUAAUCUACAAGAUGAAAACGUUCUUGAUUGAGGAAGACUGCGAGUGCUGUUGCUGUUCCAGCGCCGUCGCCAGCGUGUCGAAUACGAUCGACCGUAAAAUGAUGAUGGGCUCAAUGAGCUGCAUAAACGGAAUGGUUGAUGUGAGUCCUUCAUACGUCAACUACGGUUACGACACUCAUCUUGACUUCCCGUCGUCCCGGCCGAUCACUCCCGCUUCAUCAUCGUUCUACACCAUCAACUCAUCGUUGUCAGGGUCGCUCCCCAUUCUGAAUUCCGUGAUUAUUCGUGAAAGCCCCUUGAUAUGA